GUAUGUAAAACUUUGAUCCCCUAUUGUGGCCCCAUCCAACCCCAGGGGCCCAUGAUUUGAACAAACUUGAAUCUGCAUUAUGUCAGGAAGCUUUCAUGUAAAUCUCAGCUUUUCUGGCUUAGUGGUUCUUGAGAAGAAGAUUUUUAAAGUUUUCCCCUAUAUAUUUGUGUGUAAAACUUUGAUCCCCCAUUGGGGCCCCAUCUUAUCCCCGGGGGCCAUGAUUUGAACAAACUUGAAUCUGCACUAUGUCAGAAAGUUUUCAUGUAAAAAUCAACUUUUCUGGCUUAGUGGUUCUUGAGAAGAAGAUUUUUAAAGAUUUUUCCUAUAUAUUUGUAUGUAAAACUUUGAUCCCCUAUUGUGGCCCCAUCCAACCCCAGGGGCCCAUGAUUUGAACAAACUUGAAUCUGCAUUAUGUCAGGAAGCUUUCAUGUAAAUCUCAGCUUUUCUGGCUUAGUGGUUCUUGAGAAGAAGAUUUUUAAAGUUUUUCCCUAUAUAUUUGUAUGUAAAACUUUGAUCCCCCCUUGUGGCCCCAUCCUACCACCGGGGGCCAUGAUUUGAACAAACUUGAAUCUGCAAUAUGUCAGGAAGCUUUCAGGUAAAUUUCAACUCUUCUGGCCCAGUGGUUCUUGAGAAGAAGAUUUUUAAAUGACCCCACCCUAUUUUUGCAUUUUUGUGAUUAUCUCCCCUUUGAAAGGGACAUGGCCCUUCAUUUGAACAAACUUGAAAGCCCUUCACCCAAGGAUGCUUUUGGCCAAGUUAGGUUGAAAUUGGCCCAGUGGUUCUGGAGAAGAAGUCGAAAAUGUGAAAAGUUGACGGACAGACAGACAGACGGACAGACAGACGGACAGACAGACAGACGGACGCCGGACAAAAUGUGAUCAGUUCAGGUGAGCUAAAAAAAACACCAAAAAAAACCCAAAAAAACAUCAAAAGUGUGAAGUAUUAUAUCAUAAGAAUACUAUGGUAAUAAGUCAUCAAAUACUAAUUAUACCAUAAAUAUGGCAAUCUCCAGCAUAAAAAACCAAUAUAUACAAAUUCAGCGUGACAUUCUCCCUGAUCUGCUGGGAAUGCAUUACCCACUCACGAAACCGAUCAGGAGCAUUUCUUUGUCUUGUGGACCUGCGCGGAACAAGGAACCGAAACAGCAACAUUUUUUGUACCGGUAAUGUAGAUGAAUCAUUCGACUGGAAACGGAGAUUCGGGAUCUGAGAUUACAGUCGAUACAGGUUCGAACUGUGUUGUACUAUGUACAGAACCGCGGCUACGAUUUUCAAACCAAGGAGUACCCUGUGCACCGGAAGAUUCUACAAAAUCAUUCGCAUGGCUAAUACUUGAAGUAUUGGGAACAAGUCAACAACAUCUGGAUAUUGUUAGUAUUGGUUCAAUUUCCUUCUCAUGUGAAACUCCUUGUGCUCAAUCCCUUUGUAAAUUCAGUUACAAUAAAAUAUAUUCAAACCAAACCACCCUUUAUCUAUAUUUGUAAGUGUAUGAUAAUGUGCCGUCUUAAAUGUACAUACCUAUUUAGGUAAGGACUAUUUAAAAAACAACUUCCUGGUAUUGUGGUUUCAAAUUAUAUCAAACAUGGCGACAGGUGGACUACAGGUCGGCUAUGGAAAAGAUGUGAAAGAGUACACAAACUGCCCAUGUUGUUUUAAAACCUAUGAAGAUCCUUGGUAUCUAGAGUGCGGACACACAAUGAAUAUGAAAUGUGUUCGGAGACAGCAGCCUAUCGUAAAAUGUCCGAUGUGCGAGGAUUCUUUUCUGAUUUCUUCCAGUAGGCUGUGUAAAAACCGAUUUGCAAAUGAUCUUGCAAUGCAGGUAACACGUAUAGAUAUCAUACAGCUUCUGCUGGACAACCGUAAAUGUUCUUUGCAUGAGGAAAAAAAUGCAGAAAGCUACUGUGAGAAAUGUCAUAUGAAAAUGUGUCUCGGUUGUAGCCACUUUCAUGAUAGGAAUCCUAAAACUAAAAGGCAUACAGUUUAUGAAGUCAACCAAAUGAUAGAAGAAAAGCAAGAUGACAUAGAUAUUAAUCCAGUGUCGAUGUGUGAGUACCAUGAUAAUGAAAUAAUAAACAACUGGUGUUUGGAUUGUAAAGUCCCAGCUUGUGAAGAAAAUUGUGCCCAACAUCAUUUAGAACCUAUUUCGAGUUAUGCAACAGAUUCGAACACUCAAAUUCAGAAGUUAGAAACACAUGUCGAACACCAAUUAUCAACGGCAAGACUGAGUUUUCAAAAAGUGAAAAAAAUAAAAAAAGACAUGAAGACAGAAGGAAAAUAUCAUGGAUCAGUAGCUGCAAGACUGGAUUGGGCAAAGGAAAAGUGCAAACAAAUUAUCAAAAGAUCCACGUUUUUAGUUCUUGAGGUAAAUUUACUAUUGAAAAAGGGAAACGAGUUCCAUAAGUGCUACUCUCUACCGUUCUUAUCACGCCAAAUCCAAAGAAUUAAAGAGUCGACUAAAAGUAUCGAGAGCAAUAGUCAGCAUACAUCGAACAGGUCAUCUGCAUCGACCAACAGCGAUUACAGUUUGUCUGGUUCAUCAUACGCACAGGUCAAUCCAAGAUUGUCACGGUCGACAAAUGCCCUAUCUGACAGAGCAACAUAUAUCAAUGUGAACUGGAAGAGUAGUAUGGAAGCAUUAUAUGUGAAUGAGCAAACGUACGAAGAUAUAAGUCACAUAGAAUCAAUCAUUAGAGUGUCUUCCCAAUCUCUGAGUAGAAGUACAAAGCUUAGUGAUGAUAUUCAAGAACGACUCAACUUCUUUGACACAGGAGCAAGAAUUACAGGUAUGGUAUAUGUUAAUGACACUAUCGUUGUUGCCAGUCACUCGGCCGGAUUUUGCACGGGCUAUGACCUACAUGGAAAAAUCCAGUGGGAUAUCACGGAGCGAUUAAACGGACCCUUCGAUGUAGCAGCACAUAAAACGGAUGAUGGCAAGCAAUUCCUUUAAAUCACCGACCCGGGAAGACGAACUGCAAAGUCAGAGGGAACAAUUCACGUCUUCAAGCUGAGAAAAAAUCAUCGAUACAGUUUUGAGAAAAAAUUUACGAAAGACUGUUAUCAACCACGGGGUAUUUGCGCUGCUUCCUCACGGGUGUACGUCUGUGAACCGGAAAAAAACGAAAUAAUUGAGUACAACAUCAACAAAAGUGGCACAGGAAGGGUUCUUCAUCGAUACGGCAAAAGCGAUGUUUUCCUGAAACAACCAAUAUAUGUAUCGGUGGAGACAGAUGAUAGAAUAAGACUUUUGAUAUCUGACGCUGAGUUGGGGUUAAAGAGAGUAUUAAUAAGGGAGCGUGAAAACAAUACAAGUGGGUGGAAAAGUCCCAAGGAUGAGAGUUUUACACCGUCGAAGUGUUGUGUGAAUAAAAGCAGUGUUGUUGUUGGAGAUUCCACUGGUCGAAAACUACAUUUCGUGAACUUUCAAGCUCGAAAGUUGAAUCACCGAGAAUAUACAAUCGAAGAUAUCUUUCAUAGUCCUGUUGCUAUUGCGAUUUGCAGAGAUCAGAGGUAUCUCAUCAUGGCCUGCAAAGAUGGUAUAGUUGUCGUUUACCGGACUGUAGAUCUCGUUGAAAUGGAGGAAAUGAAAUCGGUUGUAGAUAAUGAGGAUCCAGUUUAUGCCAAUUCAGAAGCCCUUUUCAAAUAAAAUCUUAAGAUUUAGAAACACUAAUUUCUCUGUCAGAUUUUCUGAAUUAGUAUACGGAGUUUAUUCAUGGUUAAUAAAACUAUAGACCACUA